AUUCAAUGGUCGACACGUUUUAUGCCAUUGGGCUGGUUAUGCGGGUUUGCCAAUUUAUUUCCCUCUUGGAGCUGCUGCACAUUUAUAUUGGCAUUGAGUCAAAUCAUCUUUUCCCAAGGUUUUUACAGCUCACAGAGAGAGUGGUCAUCCUUUUUGGUGUGAUCACCAGUCAAGAGGAAAUCCAAGAGAAAUAUGUGGUGUGUGUUUUAUUCAUCUUUUGGAAUCUACUGGAUAUGGUAAGGUACACAUACAGCAUGCUAUCAGUCAUAGGAACAUCUUAUGCUGUCUUGACAUGGCUCAGUCAAACCCUGUGGAUGCCAAUUUACCCUCUGUGUGUUCUUGCCGAAGCAUUUACCAUCUAUCAGUCACUGCCUUAUUUUGAGUCAUUUGGCACCAACGCCACGUUGCCGUUUGAUGUAUCCACCUAUUUCCCUUACGUGCUGAAACUGUAUCUCAUAAUGCUCUUCAUAGGUAUGUAUUUCACCUACAGCCAUCUUUACACAGAAAGAAAAGAUGUCCUCAGAGUCUUUUCUGUCAAACAGAAGAAAAUGUAAGGCAGCAUUCCUGCCCAUCGCAUAAGAGAGAAGACGGGCUGGUGGGCUAACCUGCAGCAAAUACAACACUGGGCAUUUGCUAGAGAAAAAGAACCCAGAACUUGACAACAACCUAUUACUGCACACACCAUACAGUCUGUUCCUCAUCGACUGUGCUUUACAAACAAAUCCUCAACACACACAGCACAUCUUGCUGCACCAGGGCUGUGGACUUCACACAAGUUACAUUUAUACUGUGUGAAGUCUGAAUGUUUCUGUGUAAAGUUAAUGAGAAAUAGAUUCAGAGGGGUAAGUUCAAUUGACUUGAGAAACCAAUUGAUUAACUUCUGCAAUCACAACUAGCAGAUUUAUAGGAAGGGAAGGCUGUAAAGUAUCCUCUUUAAUUCUGGGAUAACAUACUCUACAAAUGUCCCCCACCUGAGUCAAUCACCUUGAACAUUACAUAUACUUAGAUACUCUAUAGACAAAUAUUCCCCUGCCCUUAGAGCCAAUACCCUUGAACAUUACAUAAACUUACUCUAUAGACUAAUGUCCCUGUCCUUAGAGCCAAUCACCUUGAAUAUUACAUGUACUUACUCUAAAGAGUAAUGCCCCCACCUG